AAUUUUAAAUGCCAAAUAUUAUAAAACGAUUGUGCAAGUGUGCUGGCAACAUACAACAAUAAAAUUCCAAUGUCGCAGCCAGCAACAGCAACAGCUAAUGUCAAUCUGGCAAUGCCGGCAAUAAAUAGUUCUGACAAUGGUCGCAAGCGGUCUUUGUCGCUUACAUCACGAUCGGAGCCCAAAUCGAUAAUCGAGAUACACAUAUCGAAUGAGACAACGUUGAACAGCAGCAGCAGCAGCAACAGCAAACGCGCCAACUUGGAAACAGAGUCACAAACAGAGAUGGAACAGCAGCAGCAACAGCAGCCGGACAAUGUUAUCGGGCUGAACGUUGAGGAGCAACAGCGCGAUAACGAUAACAGAGCCAGCUGCUCGAUAUUCUUGCAGCAUUUGCCAUGCUUCAAGCUGCAGCAAUCGAUAACCAAUUGUCGCGAAUGUCGACGUCGUCAUGCAACGGGCAGCAGCAGCAGCAAUGAUAGUGGCAGCAACAUCAACAGCAGCAUUGGCAAUAACAUCAGCAGUAGCAGUAACAGCAGCAGCAACAAUGAUAUCUACUGUCGCUUCUAUGAGUUUCGACGCCUGCAAUAUAAUGCAGCUGGCGAAUUGAGGGUUGCCGGCUUUCCCAAUCCGUACAAGGAGCCAACUAGCAUCGAUUACACCAUUUGGCAGCCGGACGAGAAGACUGCGCCCACCGCUGGCUUUAUGGAUAUACAGGUGUGCCGCUAUAUACUGUUGCAUGCCGGCGAUCAAUUCUGUUAUCUGUGGCGACAGGAGGCGGAAGCACUGAAACUUCACCAGAAUCCGGAUGGGACAAUUGCAUGGAAGAAGGCUGUCCAGGGCACACGGGAAAUAUGCGAUGUAUGCGAUACGACGCUCUUCAAUUACCAUUGGACUUGCCGCAAGUGUGGCUUUGGUGUAUGCAUCGAUUGCUUCAAGGAUCGCAAGGAGGGCCUACAGAAUAAUAGACGACGUGUGGGCGAGGCACAGCGUGGACAUGACGAAUACCACUGGCUGCUGUGCACCGAUGAUAAACAGAAGGAGGAGCAACAGCAGCAGCACACGUUGCCCGAGCUGAUGUUGACGCAGAUCAUAGCGGGAGAUGCGUUAAAUGUGCUCGGACGGCUGUUGCACGAGGUGCGUACGUUGUGGCAGGUGCCGCAGGUGUGUGGCUGUUUGCUGAGCAAACAGCAGGUGAGCGAUGAACAGCUGACCCAGCUCAUACAGGAUAUGAUCAAGGAGUCGCAACUGAAGCAACAGACGAGCGCCUCCUCGCUGGCCACCGCACAGAAGGUGCAGCAGCAGCAGCGUCUCGAGCAGUUGCAUGCCAAGAAAUUGGAAUUUGCGCGCAAAAAUGGCAUCGACUAUGUGCCGGGACGUGUCUGGACAAAGGAGACACUUGGCAAGGAUCCAAUAACGAGCGCCUUUGACAAUUUCAAGCAUAUCAAUUUUUUGCGCAAAGGACUCGCCGGAUUGCGACGCUUUCUACCGCCGCGCGCCAUGACGCUGGCCCACUCCACACAGCUGGCGCCGGGCGUGCCACAUGAGUGGCUCUGCGAUGGCAAAUUGUUGCGUCUCACGGAUCCCAUGCAUCCCGACAAUCGAGUACUGUACCAGGAGGUGUGGAAAUGUGGACAGCCUGUCAUGAUUUCGGAAGUGGCACGUUCCCUCAACCUGGACCUUUGGCAUCCGCAGGCGUUCUGCAGUGAUUUCGGCGAUAAGCCUAAUGAUUUGAUUAACUGUCUCAAUGGCAAUCUGGUGCCCAAUCAGCCGAUGCGUCAUUUUUGGGAGGGUUUCCAGUGCAUGCACAAGCGUCUGCUCGAUGUGAAUGGGAAACCGAUGCUGCUCAAGCUCAAGGAUUGGCCACCGGGCGAUGACUUUGCUGAGAUUUUGCCCACACGUUUUGCGGAUCUGAUGCGAGGAUUACCCAUGCCGGAAUAUACGCUACGCACCGGUAAUCUGAACAUAGCCAGCUGUUUGCCCAAAAUGUUUGUGCCGCCCGAUUUGGGACCGAAGAUGUAUAAUGCUUACGGUUCGGCAUUGCAUCCGGACAAGGGCACCACCAAUUUGCAUCUAGACAUUUCGGAUGCCGUCAAUAUAAUGGUGUAUGUGGGUAUACCCACAGACGAGGACAGCAAGCCACAAUUGGCGGCCACACAGCGUGCAAUUGCAUUGGGUGGCUGUGAUUACAUCACCCGGGCACGCUGCCAAUUGCCGGACGUGCUGCCGGGUGCAUUGUGGCACAUAUUCCCGGCACGGGAUGCGGACAAGAUACGCGAUCUGCUUAAUCGUGUGACGCUGGAGAAGGGCUUUCGGCUGGAGCCUGAUCACGAUCCCAUACACGAUCAGAACUGGUAUCUCGAUGACAAGUUGCGAGCGCGUCUCUUUAAGGAAUAUGGCGUUGAGGGCUAUCCGAUUGUUCAGUGCCUGGGAGAUGCGGUCUUCAUACCGGCGGGUGCACCGCAUCAGGUCCAGAACCUGCACAAUUGCAUCAAGGUGGCCGAGGAUUUUGUGUCGCCGGAGAAUAUUACGCACUGCUACCAUCUGACGCACGAGUUCCGACGCCUCUCGCACUCGCACACCAAUCACGAGGACAAGCUACAGAUUAAGAAUAUCAUCUAUCAUGCCAUCAAGGAUUGUUGCACCAUUUUGACCCGGGCGCUGAAUGAACGCAUCGAUCUCGAAAUGGCCAAGAUCCAAGCCGAGCUGUAGAUGAUGCGUGCUUCUAUUUUCAUUAUUCAUUUCAUUCAUUAUGUAUUCAAACGAAGAUUUUGUCAAGGCAUUGAAAUGAUGCUAUAUAUAGAUUAAGUUCAAAUUUCAAAUAAAUGCAAUAUACCAUACAAUAAAAUGUCGCAUUUUUGAUGUACACAAAAUUGUACAUCGCGAAAUAAUAUUUACCUUAAUGCGGAACUCAAUAAAAAGUUGGAAUCAAUUAUAAAA